AUGAGUGCAGUACUCAUACUUCCCUCGGGGAAAGGAGCUUUCCUACUCGUAUUACUACCAAUGCCAGACCUAAACGAUCCCGAACCCGGGUACUACCCGUCAGCACACGACUACGUCAAGAUGCUCCAAUCGGAGCGCGUGACCAUAUCCGUUGGCAAAGACGAUGACAUGGAGUCCUUCAGUGUACCAAAAGCUUUGCUCAUCGCGAGAUGUCCAUGGUUUGCUCCUUGCUUCGACAAGAAGGCGGGCUACAUAGAAGCUCAGCAGAAUGCGACAAGGUUGGAAGAGUGCCCCCCCCCCUCCCCCACGGCUUUCAAGAUCUUGCUAUACUGGGUCUUCAUGAACAGACUGCUCGAAGCGGCCUCUGAUGCAGCCGUCCACGAUCCGGGCCAGACUAUCAUCACCGACUGGCUGGAAGCAUACUCCCUCGUCACCUAUCUCUUGCUGCCACACCUCCAGAACGCCAUCAUGGUCAAACUCUGCUCCAUCGUCCUAGACAAGACCACCCCGACCGAGCACACCGUCAACGACAGAGACAUCGAGCUUGCCCUCGGCAGUGGUCUUGAUGUACUCAAGUAUUUCGUCCUCGAUGCUGUCUACAUCAACCUCACCCAGGAAUCUGGGCAUCAUCUGCGGAUCGAAGAGCUGCUGCCAGUGUGGGGAAAGGAUAGUGAGGUUUUUGUUGGAGCUUUGUCGGGGUUGUGCGGAGAGACAGCCGGGGAGGCAACGGACUGCUGUGGAGCUGAUGGGGGAGAAUGUCGAGACGAUGGGGAAUUGGCAGUUGAUGGUGUCUACCAGGGAAACUUAGUCAAGUCCGGUGCGUAG